AGGGCAAAGGAGGGCAAAGGAGGACAGGGGAGGGAAGGAAGGAGACGGGGCGGCCGGUCGGCGGCUGAGGCCUGCUGGGCCAGUGGAGGACGGCGGCAGUUUUGCAUAGUGCUUCACUAUGGAGUUGUCAUUAUCAGCCAGUGAAAUCCGGCAGCGAUUUAUCGAUUUCUUCAAGAGGAAUCGGCACACUUAUGUCCACUCGUCUGCCACAAUCCCCUUGGAUGAUCCCACGUUGCUCUUUGCCAAUGCUGGUAUGAACCAGUUCAAACCCAUCUUCCUCAAUACCAUUGACCCAUCUCAUCCCAUGGCAAAGCUGAGUCGAGCAGCCAAUACCCAGAAGUGCAUCCGAGCUGGAGGGAAACACAAUGACCUGGAUGAUGUCGGGAAGGAUGUCUACCAUCAUACCUUCUUUGAAAUGCUGGGCUCGUGGUCUUUUGGGGACUACUUCAAGGAGCUGGCAUGUAAAAUGGCCCUGGAGCUUCUCACCCAGGAGUUUGGCAUUCCUAUUGAAAGGCUCUAUGUCACUUAUUUUGGUGGGAAUGAAGCUGCUGGCUUAGACCCAGACCUGGAGUGCAAACAGAUUUGGCAAAAUUUGGGAUUGGAUGACAGCAAGAUUCUUCCGGGCAACAUGAAGGAUAACUUUUGGGAAAUGGGGGACACCGGCCCCUGUGGUCCCUGCAGCGAGAUUCACUAUGAUCGGAUCGGCGGCCGAGAUGCUGCGCAUCUGGUCAAUCAGGAUGAUCCCAAUGUGUUGGAAAUCUGGAACCUGGUGUUUAUCCAAUUUAACAGGGAAGCCGAUGGCAGUCUGAAGCCCCUCCCCAAGAAAAGCAUUGAUACGGGGAUGGGCCUGGAGCGGCUGGUGUCGGUGCUGCAGAACAAGAUGUCUAACUACGACACUGACCUCUUUGUUCCGUACUUUGAAGCUAUUCAGAAGGGUACUGCUGCACGGCCAUAUAUGGGACAGGUUGGUGCUGAUGACACUGAUGGGAUAGACAUGGCCUACAGGGUCCUGGCUGACCAUGCCCGAACUAUUACUGUGGCAUUGGCUGAUGGCGGAAGACCUGACAACACUGGCCGAGGGUACGUGUUGAGGCGGAUUCUCCGACGGGCUGUGCGCUAUUCCCACGAGAAGCUUAACGCCAGCAAGGGCUUCUUUGCCACACUUGUGGAUGUUGUUGUUCAGUCCCUGGGCGAUGCAUUUCCUGAGCUGAAGAAGGAUCCAGAGAUGGUCAAGGAUAUCAUCAAUGAAGAAGAGGUGCAGUUCCUGAAAACCCUGAGCAGAGGGCGACGCAUCCUGGACCGGAAGAUCCAGAGCCUUGGGGACGGCAAGACCAUCCCGGGUGACACAGCCUGGUUGCUCUAUGACACCUAUGGGUUUCCAGUGGAUCUCACUGGGUUGAUUGCAGAGGAGAAGGGCCUGGUGGUGGAUAUGGAUGGCUUUGAGGAGGAGAGGAAACUGGCCCAGCUGAAGUCACAGGGCAAGGGAGCCGGAGGAGAAGACCUCAUUAUGUUGGACAUUUAUGCCAUCGAAGAGCUCCGUGCCAGGGAUCUGGAGGUCACUGAUGAUUCCCCAAAAUAUAACUACCGGGCUAAUGCCAGCGGCAGCUAUGAGUUCGAGAGUCCAGUAGCCACUGUGAAGGCGCUGCGCAGAGAGAAAACAUUUGUGGACGAGGUGUCCACGGGACAAGAGUGUGGGGUGGUCCUGGAUAAGACGUGUUUCUACGCUGAGCAGGGAGGACAGAUCUUCGACGAAGGCUACUUAGUGAAGGACGAUGACGGCAGUGAGGAUAAAACAGAGUUCACUGUAAAGAACGUCCAGGUCCGAGGAGGGUAUGUGCUCCACAUCGGAACAGUCUAUGGAAACCUAAAAGUGGGAGACCAAGUCCGACUGUUCAUUGACGAGCCCAGGCGCAGACCUGUCAUGAGCAACCACACCGCCACCCACAUCCUGAACUUUGCCCUGCGCUCCGUGCUGGGAGAGGCAGAUCAGAGGGGCUCGCUGGUAGCCCCGGACCGGCUCCGCUUUGAUUUCACAGCCAAGGGGGCCAUGUCCACUCAAGAGAUCAAGAAAACUGAAGAGAUUGCCAAUGGGAUGAUUCAGGCAGCCAAGCCCGUAUAUGCCCAGGACUGUCCCCUGGCAGCAGCCAAAGCGAUCCAGGGCCUCCGAGCUGUGUUUGACGAAACCUAUCCCGACCCGGUGCGGGUUGUCUCCAUCGGCGUCCCCGUAGCUGAGCUGCUAGAGGACCCUUCCAGCCCUGCCGGCUCCCUCACCUCCGUGGAAUUCUGUGGAGGAACGCACCUCCGGAACUCCGGCCACGCAGGAGCCUUCGUGAUCGUGAGUGAGGAAGCCAUUGCAAAGGGGAUCCGGAGGAUUGUGGCGGUCACGGGCACCGAAGCCCAAAAGGCCCUCAGGAAAGCAGAGAGCUUGAAGACCGCUCUCUCUGUCUUGGAAGCCAAAGUGAAGGCGCAGACGGCUCCGAACAAGGACGUCCAGAAAGAGAUUGCCGACCUUGGUGAGACACUUGCCACUGCCGUUGUACCCCAGUGGCACAAAGAUGAGCUGAGAGAGGCCCUCAAGGCAUUGAAGAAGAUCAUGGACGACUUGGACCGAGCAAGUAAAGCUGAUGUCCAGAAGAGGGUGCUGGAGAAGACCAAGCAGCUCAUCGAAAGCCAGCCCAACCAGCCCCUAGUCAUCCUGGAGAUGGAGAGCGGAGCGUCUGCCAAGGCUCUGAAUGAGGCCCUGAAGCUUUUCAAGACCCACUCCCCACAGACUUCUGCAAUGCUCUUCACUGUGGACAACGAAGCCGGCAAGAUCACUUGUUUAUGCCAGGUCCCUCAGAACGCAGCCAACAAAGGUCUGAAGGCCAGCGAGUGGGUGCAGCAGGUGUCGGGACUCAUGGACGGUAAAGGAGGUGGCAAAGACGUGUCGGCUCAGGCCACGGGCAAAAAUGUGGGCUGCCUGCCGGAGGCUGUCCAGCUGGCCACGUCGUUUGCCCAGCUGCGUCUGGGCGCCCUGAAGAACUGAGAGGAGGUGGACCCCGGAGCGGGGGGUGCCCAAGUGGGAUUCCUCCUCCCUCACUCGCUGGGGUCCCGUCAGCCAGGCGGGUCGACCCGGGGUUCGUGGUCCCGGACGUUCUCACCAAGCCCCUCCGCCCCCACUCAUCCGGAACUAAACCGGAGAGUCGCCCGUGAGCCACGGCGUCCCGUCAUAAUGCCCGCCCCUCGGCCCCAAGCCCCUGCACGUCGCAGCUCCGCCUGCCCGGAGGGGAUGUUCUCGCUGGUUGGCCGGGAGUCUGGACCCUACUGCUGCUACCCCCUCCCGUCCCCCGGCUCCCUGUCCCCCGGAUGGCCGCCGUUCACUUUACAGAGUUUGCGUUAAUAGGUUUAGGCAUCAGCGGGCCUGGAAACGAGAGGCUCAGCUCAGAAUAAAAGGACCAUGCGCAGCG